AUGAGCGACUUCGAUGUUGUCGCCAAUGUUGCCGUCAAUAUCAGUAAGUACAUCGCAUCAUCAUCAUCAACCGUAUCCAGUGUCCCUGCAACAACCAGCACCGCCGCCGUCGUCACCGCCGCGGUGGACCGCUGGAUCCCGCUGGUCAACAACCGGAACAGCGGUGACAACUCUUCCGAGGACAAUGGCUUCCUCUGGUACGUUUUCAUCGAUGGACAACCAGCGGAGCUGAUGGAACCAUGGGCCUACGUGGCAGCCGCAGUGACAUUGUUCUUUAUUGGAUUUUUCGGAUUUUUUCUCAACCUCUUCGUGAUUGCGCUGAUGUGCAAGGAUGUUCAGCUGUGGACCCCGAUGAACAUCAUCCUGUUUAACGUGGUCUGUUCGGACUUCUCCGUUUCGAUAAUCGGCAACCCGUUCACGCUGGCAUCGGCCAUCUCGCAUCGGUGGAUAUUCGGAGGAGAACUUUGCAUAGCCUACGGAUUCUUCAUGUCCCUGCUGGGGAUCACAUCCAUCACGACGCUGACGGUGCUCUCGUACGAACGCUACUGCCUAAUCAGUUCGCCGUUCGCGUCCCGAAGUCCGUCCCGUCGGGGUGCCGUCAUUGCCAUCAUAUUCAUCUGGAGCUACUCGUUUGCCUUAACAUCGCCUCCGCUGUUCGGCUGGGGUGCGUACGUCAACGAGGCUGCCAAUAUCAGCUGCUCCGUGAACUGGGAGUCGCAGACAGCGAAUGCCACCAGCUACGUCAUAUUCCUGUUCAUCUUCGGUUUGGUCGUCCCACUGGCGGUAAUAGUAUACAGCUACACCAACAUCGUGGUCAUCAUGCGAAGGAAUUCUGCCCGCGCCGGUCGGAUCAACCGGGCGGAGAAACGCGUCACCUGGAUGGUGGCCGUCAUGGUGAUUGCCUUCAUGACGGCCUGGACGCCGUACGCCGUCUUUGCGCUGGUCGAACAGUUCGGUCCGCCGGAUCUGAUCAGCCCGGCGCUGGCGGUGCUACCGGCGCUGAUCGCCAAAUCAAGCAUCUGCUACAACCCGAUCAUCUACGUUGGCAUGAACACUCAGUACCGGGCGGCCUUCAACCGGGUGCGGAACAACGAAUCGAUGGACAAUAACACCACCAAGAAUAACCCGACCAAAACGAUGACCAGAAGCAGCCAGGAUAUGGUCGAAUGUAGUUUCGACUUUUGUCGCAAGAAAAGUCGACUGAAAGUGAGACUACACAACAAUCACAUCAACAACAAUAACAACAACACAAACGGCAACAACUGUCAUCCACCGACUACAGUGGAGGGUAGCAGUUCGGUUCCCACCACACAGGCGGAGAAACCCCACCAUGUCCAGCGGGUGCUGAACGCGAGUGACGUUUCCCGCUCGAUGACCACCGCCCGGCAGCUGAUGCGGUCGGACUUUGAACUAUCUGUGAUCAAUUCGGGCAAAUCGAUCCUGAUCCGAUCGAACACCUUCCGCUCCAAUCUGGUGUAA